AUGGGGGUGGUUGUGGGUUGUGGUAGUAGUGGUCAUGGUAGUGGUGGUGGUGGUGAUUGUCGUUGUCGUGGUGGGAUCGUGGUGGUUGUGUUAUCGUGGUGGGAUGGUGGUGGUGGUGAUUGUCGUGGUGGAGGUGGUGGCGGCCGUGGUGGAGGUGGUGGCGGCCGUGGUGGUGAUUGUCGUGGUAGAGGUGGUGGGGGCCGUGGUGGUGGCCAUGGUGGUGUGGUGGUGAUGAUGGUGGUUAUUGUGGGGGCCGUGGUUGUGGUAGAGAUGAUGGGGGGUGGUGGUCGUGGGUGUAGCGGUGGUGGUGGUUGGUUGUGCCAUGGAGGUGGUGGGUCUUGUUGUGAUGGUGGUGGUCAUGGUCGUGGGUGUGGUGGUGGUGGUUGCUGUGGGGGUGGCCGUGGUGGUGGUGGUGGUGGUCGUGGUUGGGGUGGUGGAUUACAGUUUGGUCUCCUAAGAACAAGUUUAGGGUUCAGGAUUCAGGGUUUAUGGUUUAAGGUUUAUGGUUCAGGGUUCAAGAUUCAGGGUUUAGGGUUUAGGAUUUAG